AUGACCUGCUCCAGAAUGCGCGACGAACCCCCAGCCUACGAGGAGACCACAGGCUCCAGCUCAACCGCCAUUCCUGGCGACAACAAGACACAGUUACAGGAUGAGGAUACACGAUCGAAAUACGGGUUGAUUUCUUUCUCAGGGUACGACCGCGUUCGCCUCAUGCGCUUUCCGGAGUCCAUCGUAGCGCUUGUAUCAGAGACACUUCAGAGACAUUGGCCCAAGGGGAUACAGAAAGUAAAGGCAUACUACGAGAGUACAGAGUUCAAGCUACGGGGAAAUCCGUUCGAACAUGGCGACGACGAUGAAAAGGUUGCGCUUCGUAAUGCCAUAUUAGGGCUUCUGGAUGCGUUGGCAAGAGAAGGUUGGGGUGUACACCCUGCUGCCGGGGGCUUGGGGAGGAUAGGGAAUUAUAAGUCGCUUGGGCAGAAGGAUAGCCUGAUUUUCAAACGCCAGGCCCCCCAGCAACUCUCCUGGAUGUGUAUCUCCUUUGACUCCGACGACCUCAUGCACCUUAUCAACGCUCCCCCCGAGUUAGCCUUAUCCCUGGUUGCAGUCUUCGGGGACAGGAUUAAAAACUGUAAUCAGGACCUUGUGACCGGCGCGUUUGAGGUGAAAUUCCAAAGCAAGUUAUGGGCCAAGUAUUCGGAGGAAGGAGCAGUGCUGAGUAGAGUGGCCAUACUGGAUGUGCUUCAGUGUCUGGAGGGUCAGGGGUUUACGUUGUGUUCGAGUCUGGAUAUCGACUAUGGCAACGGGGGCGAGGUGUAUAAGAGUAGUGGGGAGACGUGGUUUUAUUAUCGUUGA